CUGACCUGCAGCAGUGAUGCUAACCCAGCAGCUAACUACACCUGGUACAAGGAGGACGAGGACUCACCAACAGCAUCAGGACAAAACUUCACCAUCACUAAUAUCACAGCUGAACAUGGUGGAAAUUAUCAGUGUGAGGCCCAGAACACACACGGACGUAGUAAGGCCACCUUUCAUCUGACUGUUGGAGCAGGGAAGUCAGUGAUAAUCAUGAAUACCAUCAGGCUGACUCUGGUGGUCGUGCUGGUUCCAGUGCUUGUCUGGACUCUGUGGACGAGGAUGAAGAAAACUCUGAGCUUGAAAUCAGAAGUGAAUGAAGCUGUGGAGAUGAUAGAGUCACACAACUGUCCUGAGUAUGACGACAUCGCUGCUGCAGCACAGACAGAGGACCCAGAGGAGCAGGAACACCGGGUGUGA